AUGGAAAUGAACGAGUUUCGUGUAGUAAUCAAUCAUCUACAUAUGCAAGGUUUAACGCCAAAAGAAAUCAAAGCCGAGUUGGAUAACGUUCAUAGCACAUCUGCUCCAGCAUUUGCGACUGUAUACAAUUGGGUGAAUGAAUUUAAACAUGGUCGUAUAUCCACAUGUGAUGCAUCUCGUUCGGGACGUCCAAUUGAGGUUGCUACGCUUGAAAUUAUCGAUAAAGUCCACGAUAUUGUUUUGACUGAUCGACGAGUGAAAGUGCGCGAGCUUGUUGAGGCCACAAGCAUAUCACAUGGCACAGUGAUUUUAACUUUGUACAAACAAUUGGGUAUGAAAAAGCUAUCGGCAAGAUGGAUGCCGCGUUUGUUCACCGUGGACCAUAAACUCCACCGUGUAACGAUUUCAAAACAAUGUUUGGAGAUGUUUCAACGUAAUCCAGAUGAAUUUCUGCGUCCAUUCAUUACUGUGGACGAAACAUGGAUACAUUACUUCACACCCGAGACGAAGGAACAGUCAAAACAAUGGAUUUCACCUGGUGAACCCAGCUUCGAAGAAGAUGAAAACCGUGAAGUCGGCCGGAAAUGUGGCCACACUGUUUUGGGAUGCACACGACAUCCCUAUACGCACAUCGAUGAUUCAUAUAGAUUACCUUCCGUCGAAGCACACGAUCAAUGGCAGUUACGACUUACAGCCUUAUUGGACCGUGUCAACAACAUUUUAAAGAAAAACCGUCUCCAUUUUGGCAAAGAAGAAAGUGCUCUUUCGUCAAGACAAUGCACGGGUUCACACGUGUUCGGCACCGAUGGACAAAUUAAACGAAUUCCGCUACGAAUUGCCUUCCCGUCCAGCAUAUUCGCCAGAUUUAGUUCCCUGCGACUAUUUCCUGUUUCCAAACUUGAAGAAAUUCGAAGGAAAGAGCACCAGAGAGCAACUCAUCGCUUAAACAGAGACUUAUUUUGA